CUGCCCGACCUGCUGAGUGAGCUGGUCUCUCGCCAGGAGCCGUACAUCGCCCUGGCCGAGCGAUACCACAGGAAAUCCCACUUCCUCUACAUGGGGAGAGGGCCGAACCAUCCGAUUGCCCUUGAAGGAGCGCUGAAGCUCAAGGAGAUCGCCUACACGCACGCCGAGGGAUGCUCAGCCGGGGAGAUGAAGCACGGUCCCAUAGCCCUGGUUGACGAGGGUAUGCCGGUGGUAGCCAUUGCCCCUCAGGACGGCCUGCGGGACAAGAUGAUCAACAGCAUCUUCGAGGUGAAGGCCAGGGGCGCGACCGUCAUUGCGGUGGCUACAGAGGGCGACGAGGAGUUGGCGGGCAUCGCCGACCACGUGCUGUACAUCCCGCCCGUUUCUCCCCUGCUCACGCCGGUGCUGUCCUCCGUUCCGUUGCAGCUGCUGGCGUAUCACAUAGCCGUAAAGCGCGGCUGCGAGAUAGACCAGCCGCGAAACCUGGCCAAGUCCGUCACCGUCGAGUAG